AUGGGUCAAGAAGGUGAAGCCAUCACAUCAACUGAAGGCACCUAGAUCUAAGAUUCAUUGUAUAGAGAUGAAGAGAAGAUGGAGGAAUCUGCGAAUGUGGCAUAUUUGCUAACUCUUGGCAUCUUAUUGGGUCUAGCCUUAAGGGAGUUCAAUAAGAAAACCAAAUUUCCCUAUUCUCCUAUGGUCUUAGCUUGUGGAUUGUUGAUAGGUUUAUUAUAAAGCACUCUUGGGUAUUUGGGAGAAAGUGCUAGUAUCUUGAGUCAUAUGCAUCCACAUUUAAUUGUUUAUAUCUUUAUUCCUGUUCUGCUUUUUGAAUCGGCAUUUAAUUGCGAUUGGUACGUAUUCAAAUACCAAAUGGUCAAUAUCCUGCUAUUGGCUGGCCCUGGAGGAGCAAUUCUUUUAGGAAUUGUAUUUAAAGUGUUCCUAUUCUAUAGCAAUGAAGACAUGAAUUGGUAUUAAGCAUUCACUUUGGGUUCUGUGUUAUCUGCAACAGAUCCAGUAGCCGUUGUUGCUUUGUUAAAGGAAUUAGGUGCAAGUGCAGCAUUUAAUCAUUUGAUUGAAGGAGAAGCAUUAUUAAAUGAUGGAGUAGCAAUGGUGUUUUUUAUUUUUUUCAAUAAGCUUUCUAAAGCAGCUGCUGGAAUAGGUGGUGGAGUUACCUUUGGAGGAGUGUUACUAAACUUCGUGAGGAAUUCAAUUGUUGGUCCUGUAUUAGGAGUGGUGGUCGGAUUCUUCGGAGCUUUGUGGGCAAGAAGAAUAGUAGGAGAUGAUGUUGAGGUAGGUUGGUUGACAUUCAUAUUCACAUAUCUGACAUUCUAUUGGGCUGAAUUUUGUUUCUUUAAGACUAGUGGGUUAUUGGCUGUUGUGUCUUUGGGUUUGUUUUGGAGUGCAUUUGGUAAGACCAAAAUAAGAUCUGAGAGCGAACAUGCAGUUCAUACAGUUUGGAGUUUUGUUCAAUAUUUCUGUGAUACAACUGUGUUUCUGUUGGUGGGUAUGAUAGUUGGCACAGAGGUGAUUGAGGAGAGAUACAUUUAUACAUCUGAUUACUUCAGAAUGAUUGUGUUUUAUUUCUUUAUGAUCAUAUGCAGAUACUUGAUGGUUAUUUCAUUUUGGCCAUUGUUGAAGAAAUACGGAUAUCCAAUGUCAUAGCCAGAGUUGAUAGUGUUUGUCUAUGGAGGUCUGAGAGGAGCUUUGGGGUUAACACUUUCAUUGAUGGUUGGAUGCGAUGAAGAUCUUCCACCAAGAUUUAGACAUUUAGCUGUGUUCUUUACUGCUGGAAUGGCUGCUCUGACUAAUCUUGUUAAUGGAACUACCUGCAAGGCUUUGGUGAACUAUUUAAACAUGAUAGAGAAUCCAGUGAUUAAAAAGAAAGUGUAUAAACGAUAUUUGACUGACAUGAUUGUAGAUCAAGAAGAUACAAUAAAGGAAUUGGAAGGAGAUGAUCACUUUGCUAUGGCUGAUUGGAAUCAAGUCAAAUCACUUGUAGGAUCACAAUAGUUUUUAUAGGAAGUAGUCUAAUUGGAGAAUGAAAUCAAAUAAAUUCAAGGUGGCAAUCUCAGUAGAGUUUCUUAUGAAGGAAUGACAGACACUGACACCUUUGGAGAGGUUAGAUACAGAGUGCUCAGAAUUCUAAAGGGAUUAUAUUACUCAAAAUUUGAACAUGGACAAUGUGAUGAAGAUUCUGUUAGAUUGCUUGUGGAAUCAAGUGAUGUUGCUCUUGAUCACACUGGAUCAAUUUUGAAUAUUUGGGAACAAUUAUUCCAAAGCUUCACUAGUUUUAGCAGUAUCAAGUACUUUUUUAGAGCCAAGGAAUGGACUUUCCUCGGUGGAUAUGCUUAGUAAUAUAUCACCAAGCAUUUGGGAUUCGUCUAUGAUGUAACAACAACAUUCAUAUCAUGUGCCAAUGAAGUACUCACAUUACAAGAACACAUGCCUAUGAAUAAGAGUGCAGUUAGAUUGAUUAUGGAAGAGAUCAAAACAGAAAUCAACAAAGCUGAACUCUAUUUGGCCACUUUAAAUGACACAUUCCCAGAAGUCAUCAGAGCCAUAUAAACAAAGAGAGCUUCACAUACAGUUCUUAUGCAUCAAAGACACCAUCUUGAAGAAAAUUAGAAGAAUGGACUUGUAGAUGAUAAAGAAUUCAAUCAACUUAAAAGUAACAUUGAUGCUCGUCUUGUUUAACUUGAAAAUCAUGUCUUUGAUUGGCAAAUUCCAACUUUCCAUUCCUUUGCUAUGGAAUUCCCAGUUUUCGCUGGUGUCCCCAAGGAAGAAUUAGAUACCAUCAUUAAAUCCACUUACGAGAAAAGAUAUCAAUCUGAUGAAAUUAUCUAUGAGAAAGGUAUGACCUGUCAAAAUAUCUACAUCAUCUAAAAAGGAAAUGUCAUAGAUGAAGUUGGAUCUCAUCAAUUGAAAAAGGGACUAGGAUCAUUAUUAUCAUAUGCCAAUCUGAUUGGUGAUGGUAAAUGCAUGACUACUGCCAAAGCAGCCUCUGAAACUGUGUUACAUUCCUUAAACUUAAAUGUACUUAAGUCUUUGAUGUAAAAGUCAGAAGCCUUCGAGUAGAAGAUCUAUGUUAACUCUAUUGAAUAUCUUAUUAAAUUAUAUGAAUCUCAAGCGGGACCGUUGGGUUAAAUGGAAUAAAAACGGUUAGGCACAUUCCUUAGACAGAAGGCUCAAUUCAGAAAGUUUGAUGUGCAUUCAAAUGUCGAAUUCAUGUUUGGAGGUUACAUUAUAAAAGGAGAAAUCUAAAGUUGCAUCCAGGAUGAGAAUGAGGGAGUCGAACGAUACAAUGACUAUUGCUAUGUACCACCUAGAGAGAAUGAUUUCAAUGUUACAAAAGCACUCAUCUGUUUGGUUUUCGAUGAUGCUAUUGAUAUGAUUAAACAGGAUAGAUUGGAGUAAUUUAACCUAGAGAAUCAUGAGGAGAUUAUAGAUCAGAGAUUCUCAAGGAUAGAUGUUCAAUAGUAAUAUUAGUAAUAGGAAUUAUGA